AUGCGACGGCACACUACCAUUACUAUUCAUCGCAGCGGCGAGAGUUCGCGCUCUACAUCCUAUCACAGCGAAGGCGAAUCAUCCCAUCGCGAGGCUGAUUUCUCCCCGGCAGAAGACGACGACGAUUGGCAAGACUACGUGGACGACGAAGAAGAAGAGGAGGACGAGGACGAUGAAGAGGACCUUCAUCCUUCUGAUUCGGCUUCAGCAAGCAACGACGCUCCACCCUCGCCGCAGCGCCCCACUAGGACUGCGCGCCACCACCGAAUAGCUCGACCACCUCCCCAGAAUUAUCCUCCGGUGCCUUCACGCGCACCGAUUCCUCCGCCCAGCGUGGAUCCUUCAGAGGAAUACGGCCAUUUUGGCCCAGGCUAUCAGCCUCCUCACCAUGGUCCCCGAAGUUACUACAAUGGACGUGGCCAGCACUCACCUUUUCAACAGCAGCAACCGAGUCACUACAUGGGCGGGUAUCCUGGUGGCAACCAAAUUGUGCCAUACGGCGGCUAUGCGCCAAACCCAUUCACGCCCAUGAGUAAUAGCUCGAACGGUGCCAGUUUCUUUGGGGGCGAACCGCGUCACGUGUAUGACAUGAUGCCGUACCAACAACCACCGCCAGGCUUUUUCCCCGGGCCGCCACAGUUCGGUCUGCCUAACCAGCUCCAGCCGUAUCAUCUUGGGGCUCACCCACCUCCGCCUCCGCCCACAGAAGCGCCAGCAAAAGCAGCGACCCCUCCUGCCCCCAAGGAACCGCCGCCCGACCUGGAGAAAAUCAGGCUUGAGGCCAAGCGCGAGGCUGAGCUGGAAGCUCUCAGAGCUCAAGAGGAGAAGGCCAGGGCUGAGAAAGAGCAACGGGAACGCGAGGCGCAGAUCCGCAAAGAGGCCGAGGAGGCCUUCCAACGAAGGAUGGAAGAGUUGAGGAUUGCCAAGGAAGAGGCCCAGAAGGAGAUUCAACUGGCUAGAGCCGAAGCUGAGCGCACGGCCAGGGAGCGAAUCGAAGCCGAACGAAAGGCUGAAGAGGAGAGACAAAAGCAACACGCUGAGGCGAUCAAACGGGCCGAGGAGAGCGCGAGGGCGAAAUUCGAGGCCGAGAUGAAGGCUGCCGAGGCCCGUAGGAUUGAAGCGGAAGAAACUCGCAUCAGAGCCGAAGAAGCUGUACAGAAACGCUUCGAGGCUGAAAGGAAGGCUGCCGAGGCCCGAAGAAAAGAAGAGGAAGAAGCUCGCAUCAGGGCCGAAGAAGCUGCUCAAAGACGCUUGGAAGCUGAUAUGAAGGCUGCCGAGGCCCGAAGAAAAGAAGAGGAAGAAGUUCGCAUCAGAGCCGAAGAAGCGGCUCAGAGGCGGCUGGAGGCUGCCAUAAAGGCCGAGGCCGAGGCGAAGGCUGCCACGGAAAAGAAGGCAGCUGAGGAAGCGGAAAGGCUCAAGCUGGCUCGGGAAGAAGCCAAGUGCAAAGCGGAAAUGGAGACGUUGAAAAAGAUUGAAAAGGAAAAGGAAGCUGCCAAGAAGGCAGCUGAGGCUGAAGCGGCCGCCAAGGCCGAACAGGAGGCAUUGAAGAAGCGCAUCGAGGACGAAACCAAGGCCAAAUUGGAAGAGGCGGCCAAGCAGAAGGAAGAGGCAGCCAAAUCGGUCCCACAAGCCCCAAUCAAGUUCAAAGAUGCCCUCGGGAGACACUUUAGUUUUCCAUUUCACCUCUGUGCCACGUGGCAGGGAAUGGAGGAUCUUAUCAAACAGGCCUUCUUAAAUGUUGGAAUUAUCGGAGCGCAAGUUCAGCAGGGCCAGUACGAUUUGAUUGGGCCUCCCGGAAUCAUCCUGCCGGCUGUUUGGGAGAAGGUUGUUCAACCGGACUGGGCCAUCACCAUGACCAUGUGGCCUACUCAAAAGCCGUCGUCGCCUGUGUUACCCAAGAUGGCUCCCAUGCCUAACCAACCGAACAACAAACGACCCAACGUUCCUAUGCCUCCCUUUCCUCGUGGCGGUGGUGGCGGGGUUCCGCCGCCCCCCUGGAUCCCUGGUUCUGUACGGCCCCCGAAUAUUGACAUAAUAAACGCCAAACCAGAACCGAGGCACUCCAAACCGUCCAAGCACAAGUCAAAGAAUGCGAAUGUGCUCAGUUUUCUUAUUGGCAAGCCGCCCAAGAAGAAAUCUACCAAAAAAUGA